ACCAAAAUCCAAUUCUUUUAUUUUUAUUUUUUCUCUCUCAAAAACUGUCUGCAAAACACUCUGCUGCACGCUCCGUUCUGCUUCACUGACCCCUCCUUAGCUUCCCUUGAGCCUCCCUAUCUGUCUCCAUUGUUGUCUCUUUCUUACUCUUCUCUCUCUCCCCCCCUGUCUCUUCACUUUCUUUCUCUGGGUUUUCUUCUUAGAAGCAAGCAACCAUGGAUGAUGCGAGCGGAAGCACAGGAAAGGAGAAGCUUGUUGUGGAGGUAAUAGCCGCUCACAACUUGAUGCCUAAAGAUGGAGAAGGCUCGUCUUCCCCUUUUGUAGAGGUGGAGUUUGAGAAUCAGAGACUCAGAACCCAGGUAAAAUACAAAGAAUUGAACCCCAUUUGGAACGAGAAGCUCGUGUUUCAUGUCAAGGAUAUUGCAGAUCUUCCUUACAGGACGAUAGAAGUUAACGUCUUUAACGAGCGGAGGUCAAGUAACAGCAGGAACUUUCUGGGUAAAGUUAGGGUGUCUGGUUCCAGCAUUGCGAAAGAAGGGGAAGACAUUAACGCUCAGUUGUAUACGCUCGAUAAAAGGAGUCUCUUUUCGCAUAUUAGAGGGGAGAUAAGCUUGAAACUUUAUGUGUCCGCAAGGGCCGAGGUUAAACAAGCGGGUCUUGGUAAUGGAGUUGUGGUCUCGUCUGGAGGUGGUUCUGGGUCUGCUUCUUCUGGGUUUUCAAAGAAAAACAAAAAGGUACAGCAACAAACUCCUUCAAUGGCCGUGCAGCAGCAGCAACAACAACAACAGCUAGUUCAAGAGAACAAGACUUCACAGCAGGGUCAAGGCCAUGCAAAGCCCACGGAGCCAAACCCAGGUGAGAUCAAACCUGUGGUUAUCACUACCGGUCAUGGUUCUGCUGUACCCGUCGCCAGCGCAGGUGGUGGAGGAAUCCCAGUUGGAGGCGGUGGAGGCGGCGGCGGAGGACUGAGUGUAUACCCGACUGGCUCUGCUCAUGAGUUUUCCCUAAAAGAGACAAGUCCUCACCUUGGUGGGGGUCCUCUGAGUAAGGACAAAACUAGUUCAACUUACGACCUUGUUGAGCAAAUGCAGUAUCUCUAUGUUAGGGUGGUUAAGGCCAAAGACAUCUCUUUCUUCGGAGGCGGUGAGAUUGUGGCUGAAGUAAAGCUAGGAAACUACAGAGGUGUCACAAAGAGAGUCAAUUCAAACAAUGCAGAAUGGGACCAAGUUUUUGCCUUUUCAAAAGAUUGCAUACAGUCAUCAAUGGCGGAGAUUUUUGUUAAAGAGAGCAACAAAGAUGAUUUUUUGGGAAGAGUUUGGUUUGAUUUAAACGAAGUACCAAGAAGGGUACCCCCAGAUAGUCAGUUGGCACCACAAUGGUACAGAAUGGAAGACAAGAAAGGAGACAAGGCAAAAGGAGAAGUUAUGGUUUCUGUAUGGUUUGGGACUCAGGCAGACGAGGCAUUUGCCGAGGCUUGGCACUCCAAAGCUGCAAAUGUCCAUUUUGAUGGACUAUGCUCGAUCAAAUCCAAGGUUUACCUAUCACCAAAGCUAUGGUAUUUGAGGGUAUCGGUCAUUGAAGCUCAAGAUAUUAUUCCGGGCGAUAAAGGGCCAGCAAUGAUGAGAUUUCCAGAGCUCUCAGCUAAAGUCCAGGUGGGUAAUCAGGUAUUGAGAACAAGAACUGCAGCUGCUAGCAUGAACAGGAGCUUGUCCAAUCCUUAUUGGAAUGAAGAUUUGCUGUUUGUAGUUGCAGAGCCGUUUGAGGACUAUCUGUUAGUUUCUGUUGACGAUCGUUUUGGCCCUGGAAGAGAUGAAGUUGUUGGCAGAGUUCUGCUACCCGUGGGUGCCAUUGAGAGAAGAACUGAUGAGAAACCAGUGGUUUCAAGGUGGUUCAAUCUUGAUAACCAUUUUGGCAGCAACUCGGCCGAGUCGAAACUUGUCACAAGAUUCGGGUCCAGGAUUCAUCUGAGAGUCUCCCUUGAUGGGGGCUACCAUGUACUUGAUGAGGCCACCAUGUACUGCAGUGAUGUUAAGCCCACUGCAAAACAGCUAUGGAAGCCGCAUAUAGGCGUGCUCGAAAUGGGCAUUUUGGGUGCAACAGGGCUUAUGCCAAUGAAAAUCAAAGAAGGUAAAGGGAGCACAACUGAUGCUUACUGUGUUGCCAAGUAUGGGCAGAAAUGGGUGAGAACCAGAACUGUGGUGGAUAGCUUGUCUCCAAAAUGGAAUGAACAGUAUACUUGGGAAGUUUUUGACCCUUGUACUGUGGUCACAGUAGGCGUGUUUGAUAAUUGCCGUGUUGAUAAGAAUAUGAUCAAUAACUCUGCUGGUCGUGAUUCUCGUAUUGGUAAGGUGAGAAUCAGGUUGUCCACGCUUGAAUCAGACAGAGUUUACACUCACUCGUAUCCACUCCUUAUGCUGCACAAUACUGGCGUCAAGAAGAUGGGUGAACUUCAUUUAGCUCUGAGAUUUUCUUGUGCUAACAUGGCUAAUAUGCUGCACAUGUACACAUUGCCAUUGCUUCCAAAGAUGCACUAUGUGCAUCCCUUGAGUGUCAACCAAUUGGAGGGCUUGAGGUAUCAAGCUAUGAAUGUGGUAGCAUCGAGGCUUAGCAGGGCAGAGCCGCCACUGGGGCGAGAGGUGGUUGAGUAUAUGCUUGAUCAUGAUUCUCAUAUGUGGAGUAUGAGGAGGAGCAAGGCGAACUUCUUUAGGCUAAUGAAUGUGAUCUCUGGUUUUGUUGCCAUGGGUAGAUGGGUUGAAUCAAUGCGGAGUUGGCAAAAGCCUGUAUACUCAACUUUGUUUCUUGUGUUUUUUCUCUUGCUUGUUGCACUGCCUGAGCUCAUAGUUCCCACCAUAUUACUCUACUUGGCUUUCUUGGGACUUUGGCAGUACAGGUCACGCCCCCGCCACCCUCCCCACAUGGAUACAAGGCUCUCCCAUGCUGAGAGUGUCUACCCAGAUGAAUUGGAUGAGGAAUUUGAUUCAUUCCCAACGAGCCGGAGUGCAGACAUUGUUAGAAUGCGGUACGAUCGUUUGAGGAGUGUGGCAGGGAGGAUUCAGACAGUUGUGGGUGAUAUGGCCACACAAGUUGGGUUCUAUGCUGUGCCAAUUAGGGUGGUGGCGGCUUUGUGGGGGCUGUAUGUGUUGAGGCCACCGAGAUUCAGGAGCAAGUUACCUUCUCGGGCUCUCAGCUUCUUCAGAAGAUUGCCGUCAAAAGCUGAUAGCUUGUUGUAGACUGCGAUGAAAAAUGAAUGGUUUCAGAAAUUAGGGUUUGAUAGUUUUAGGACUUGGUGGGGGGUAAUAUUGUACUAAUCUUUUGUCAAUGUUUCCAGCGAUUGUAUGAGCCUAUGCAAGAAGCAAGCUGUAUGGACGUUGAUUA